AGCAGGACGGCUAUAGCACAAACCAAAACUAUCGUGGGGUACGGCUUUCGAGCAGAAAUGCUGGUCGCGGGUGCUCGAGCAUCGUCUCGUUCAUUCGGGUUACCGUGACACAACAUACAACACCAAAAUCAACAUGGCGGACGCUGCUCCAGCCCGUGGUGGAUUUAGAGGAGGAUUCGGCUCGCGUGGCGGUGCCCGCGGCGGUGGUCGUGGUGGACGUGGUCGCGGCCGUGGCCGUGGACGCGGACGCGGCGGCAAGGAGGACUCGAAGGAAUGGGUGCCGGUGACGAAGCUGGGCCGCCUGGUUAAGGACGGCAAGAUCCGCACGCUGGAGGAAAUCUAUCUGUACUCGCUCCCGAUCAAAGAGUUCGAGAUCAUCGAUUUCUUCCUGAACCGUCUGCUGAAGGAUGAGGUGCUGAAGAUCAUGCCCGUCCAGAAGCAGACCCGUGCCGGUCAGCGUACCCGCUUCAAGGCGUUCGUUGCCAUCGGCGACAGCAACGGUCACAUCGGUCUGGGUGUGAAGUGCAGCAAGGAAGUGGCCACCGCCAUCCGUGGUGCCAUCAUCCUGGCCAAGCUGUCGGUCGUCCCGGUGCGUCGUGGCUACUGGGGUAACAAGAUCGGUCGCCCUCACACCGUACCGUGCAAGGUCAGCGGCAAGUGCGGUUCCGUUCUGGUGCGUCUGAUUCCGGCUCCGCGUGGUACCGGCAUCGUAUCUGCCCCGGUUCCGAAGAAGCUGCUGCAGAUGGCUGGUAUUGACGAUUGCUAUACCACCACCCGUGGUUCCACGACCACGCUCGGUAACUUCGCGAAGGCCACGUACGCCGCCAUUGCCAAGACGUACGCCUUCCUGACGCCGGACUUGUGGAAGGAUCUGCCGCUGAACAAGACCCCGUACCAGGAGUUCGCCGACUUCCUCGACAAGACCAACAAGACCGGUCAGCGUGUCAUCGAGAUGUAAGGAUUUUCUCCUCGCAUCUUAGUUGACGUGCAAAGGCGCUGGUGCGUCAUUUGCUGCUGCUGCUCGAUCAUUGCCCGACUCUAGGGGAAGGCAAGCAAUAAAAUUGCUACUCGUUUUGGCAACGAAACGACAACAACACAAA